CGUGUGCAAUCACCCUCUCCCUUGGUUUUCUCCAAUUUCUGUUAUUAUUUUUAUUUUAUAAUUUCGGCAAUCGUUUAUCAAUUCAAUCUCUUAUUCUCUCUCAGAGGAAACAAUUCGGCGAUAAAGUGAGACGAAGACGCAGGAGAAGAUAGAAGGAAAGCGUUUCCUUAAAAAUCACCAUAAAAUCGUGUUUAUUUUGUUCAUUCAAAAACUGGGUCUUCGACUUUCUCGAAGACCGAUUAAGAACUACGACUAGGGGUCUUCUUCCAUUGGGGUGUAGAAGCAAUUAAUGGAAAGUCGAGGUCAAAAGCGUUCAGAAAUGACAGAUGGACUGCCUGCCGAUAAGCGGGCAUGCAGUUCUAGACCAAGUUCUUCAAACUCAUCAGCUCAAACCCAUAUGAAUUCAACACAGUCAACAGUGGAAGCCCAUGAUAAUGACAUGGAUACUUCAUCAUCUGCUUCGGCUUCUAGCCGAUCAGAGGGAGAGCCAGAGAAGGAUUCAACUUAUGGAUCAUGUGAUUCAGAUGACAUGGAGCAGCAUCAUAACAGUCUCUAUGAAUAUCAUAGGCGGAGACUAUCCAGUGAUCAUGGAAAAUUUAAAAAUAUUAUCUCUAGCUUGAGUGGGGAGACUGAACCUUCUGGUCAGUUAGCUAUACUUACCGAACUUUGUGAAGUUUUGUCAUUUUGCACAGAGGGUUCACUUUCCAGCAUGACUUCAGACUUGUUAUCACCACUACUUGUAAAGCUGGCAAAGCAUGAGAGUAACCCAGACAUAAUGUUGUUUUCUAUAAGGGCUAUCACCUAUAUAUGUGAUUUGUAUCCUCGGUCAGCUGGUUUUCUUGUUCGCCAUGAUGCUGUUCCUGCUUUAUGUCAAAGAUUAUUGGCUAUCCAGUAUCAAGAUGUGGCUGAACAAUGUCUCCAAGCAUUGGAGAAAAUAUCUCGAGAGCAACCACUUGCUUGCUUACAGGCUGGGGCAAUUAUGGCUGUUUUAAACUUUAUUGACUUCUUCUCAACAAGCAUACAGAGAGUGGCUCUUUCUACUGUGGUGAACAUAUGUAAGAAGCUUCCUUCUGAAAGCCCUUCACCUUUCAUGGAGGCUGUGCCCAUAUUAUGCAAUCUUCUUCAGUAUGAGGAUCGCCAGCUUGUCGAAAAUGUUGCUACCUGCUUAAUCAAAAUUGUGGAGCGAGUUGCUCAGUCCUCUGAAAUGUUGGAUGAACUUUGUAAGCAUGGAUUGAUCCAACAUGUUACACAUCUUUUAAGUUUAAAUGGACGGACAACCCUAUCUCAAUUAAUUUACAAUGGAUUGAUAGGAUUACUUGUCAAACUUUCAUCUGGAUCAGUUGUAGCCUUCAGGACUUUAUAUGAGCUCAAUAUAAGCAGCAUAUUGAGAGAUAUAUUAUCUACAUUUGACCUCUCACAUGGAGUCUCAACGUCACAGCUUGGUGAUGGACAUUGUAAUCGGGUUUAUGAAGUACUCAAAUUGCUAAAUGAGCUUCUCCCUGGUGGGGCUAAAGAUCAGAAUGAUCAACUGAUGCUAGACAAAGAAUCCUUUCUAGCUAAUCGCCCAGAUCUCCUGCAAAGGCUUGGGAUGGAUGUGUUUCCCAUGUUAAUCCAGGUGUUCAACUCUGGUGCGAGUUUAUAUGUUUGCCACGGAUGUUUAUCUGUUAUGUACAAGCUAGUUUGUUUGAGCAAAUCUGACAUGCUUGUUGAAUUGCUUAAGAAUGCCAAUAUUUCAAGUUUUUUGGCUGGAGUAUUCACUCGAAAGGAUCACCACAUGCUGAUGCUAGCCUUACAAAUUGUUGAGAUAAUCCUUCAAAAUUUUUCAGAUGAUUUCUUGAAGCUGUUUGUUAAGGAAGGUGUCUUUUUUGCCAUUGAUGCACUCUUAACACCAGAAAAAUCUUCACAAUUGAUGUAUCCGGUAUUUAGUGGCAUUCAGCUGUCGUUGGAUGCCAGUCAAAAGUCUGCUUCAAGAGAGGCCCUCAAGUGCCUAUGUUAUGCAUUUUCAACUGGACAAUCUCCUACAUCAUCAGAAGCUGGAAAUUGCAAACUUGACAAAGACUCUGUUUAUAAUCUUGCAGAGAUGAUUAAAACAAAAUACUUAGCUCCAGAAUUAUAUGACUCUGAGAAAGGAUUGACUGAUAUUCUACAGAAUCUCCGAGCACUUUCUAAUGAUUUGUUGAGCAUGUCUACUGACAGUAGUGCUCUUGCUUUGCAUGAAGAGAAGAUCAAUAGUAUACUGUAUCAGAUUAUGAACAAACUUACUGGCAAGGAACAGGUUUCGACUUUUGAAUUUAUUGAAAGUGGAGUUGUGAAGUCACUUGCUAACUUUUUAUCUGUUGGUCAGUAUACAAUGGAAAAAAAGGCAGUACAGGUUGCUGUCAUAGAAAAACGUUUUGAGGCUUUGGCUAGUGUAUGCUUAUGUGCUGCUCAGCCUCUCUCUGGUGAAACUCCCCUUUCUAUAUUAAUUAGGAACCUGCAGAGUGCCCUGACUUCAUUGGAAGCUUUCCCUAUUAUUCUGAGCAAUGGGCCAAAACUGAGAAAUUCAUAUGCUACCGUUCCUAAUGGGUGUUCCAUUCCUUAUCCUAGUUUGAAAGUCCGUUUUGUCAGGGGUGAUAAUGAGACUUUGCUGAAUGACUACACUGAUGAUUUUCUUACUGUUGACCCAUUUUCCUCUUUGGAUUCCAUUGAAAGAUAUCUACGGCCAAAGGUCAGUGUCAAAAGCACAGAGCAUGUUAGUCCAUCAUCCAUCCAAGUGUUGCAACCCGAAAGCCCACCCCUUCAAUCACCAUCAAAUGCAAGUUCCUGCCCAGUUGAAAUCCCAGUAAUUUUGGGGCCUGCUGACAUGACUACAGAUCUCUCCGAAACACAGAGAGAAAAGCCAAAGUUGUCUGUCGAUGUGAAUGCUGGGGAAUCGUCAUCCUCUGGAACUCAGGGGUAUGGUGAACAAGAACUGCAAUUCAGUGCAGAACCAGACUCAACGCUAGAAAGACAGGAUCCUUCAUCUUGUAGUGAUGAAACUUCUCAAAAACUUGUUUUUUACCUUGAAGGACAAUGUCUGGAUCAUAAAUUGACUUUAUAUCAGGCAAUUCUUCGCCAUCUAAUUAAACAAAAUGAUUCUUUUUCUACUGCAAAACUAUGGUGUCAAGCGCAUAUAUUAACCUAUGGAAGGGCUGUGAAACCUGAGGACAUAAUACCUCCAGACUUUCUAGCUUAUUAUCAGCAUACUCCUUUUUUCUCAGACAUGUUCUCUGUUGAUCUUAUUUCUGAUUUGGAGAAGUCAAGUCCAACUUAUGACAUUUUGUUUCUUCUUAAGAGCUUAGAAGGCAUGAACAGAUUUAUAUCUCACCUUAUAUCCCGUGAAAGAAUUUGUGCUUUUGCUGAAGGGAAAGUUGAUAACCUGGAUGACCUAAAAAUAACAGUUCCUUCUGUGCAACAAAAUGAGUUUGUAAGCUCUAAGUUGACAGAGAAGCUAGAGCAACAGAUGAGGGACUCUUUGGCAGUAUCCAUUGGUGGUAUGCCUUUGUGGUGUUGUCAAUUAAUGGCUUCAUGUCCUUUUCUAUUUAGUUUCGAGGCAAGAUGCAAGUACUUCAAAUUGGAAGCAUUUGGUCACCCACAAAUUCAACCUCAUAUGUCCUACAGCAGCUCAGGAACAGUGAAUGACAGGCGACUGAGCCCUGGUGGAUUGGCUCGAAAGAAAUUUUUAGUUUAUCGUGACCGUAUUCUGGAGUCUGCUGCACAAAUGAUGGACCUACAUGCCAGUAAUAAAGUGGUUCUUGAAGUGGAAUAUGAUGAAGAAGUGGGCACUGGUCUUGGACCAACUUUGGAAUUUUACACGUUGGUGUGCCAGGAGUUCCAGAAAUCUGGCUUGGGUAUGUGGAGAGAGGACUCUUCUUCCUUUACCGUCAAGACAAAUUGGCAGGCUGAGGAAAUUGGAGUCUAUUCUCUUUGUGGACUCUUUCCUCGUCCGUGGUUAUCAGUACAAGAUACAUCCAGUGACAUACAGUUCUCUGAAGUAAAAAAGAGAUUUUUCCUUCUAGGCCAAGUUGUUGCUAAAGCACUUCAAGAUGGAAGGGUCUUAGAUCUCCACUUCUCUAAAGCCUUCUAUAAACUUAUUCUUGGAAAGGAACUUUCUCUCUAUGACAUACAGUCCCUUGACCCUGGGCUUGGUAGGGUGCUGCGAGAGUUUCAAGCACUAAUUAACCGGAAAAAAAUUGUGGAAUCUGUCUGUGGAGGGAAUUCUGAAUUGCAAUAUGAACUGAGCUUUCGAGAUACCAGAAUUGAUGAUCUUUAUAUUGAUUUUACUCUUCCUGGCUAUCCUGAUAUUGUUCUUGCUUCAGGGCCUGAUCAUUCCAUGGUAAAUAUGAGAAACCUGGAGGACUAUGUUUCACUAAUUGUGGAUGCAACUGUGAGGUCUGGAAUUUCACGACAACUGGAAGCUUUUAAGUCUGGCUUUAACCAGGUUUUCCCCAUCAAACAUCUACAGAUUUUCAAUGAAGAAGAGCUUGAGCGUAUGCUCUGUGGAGAGUACGAUUCUUGGGCUAUCAAUGAGCUGGCAGAUCACAUUAAGUUCGAUCAUGGGUACACUGCUAGCAGUCCUCCUAUUGUUAAUUUGUUGGAGAUUAUUCGAGAGUUUGACCAUGAACAGCGACGAGCAUUUCUGCAGUUUGUGACAGGUGCACCCCGGCUUCCUCCAGGUGGAUUGGCAUCUCUCAACCCAAAGUUGACUAUUGUCCGAAAGCAUUGCAGCAACCGGGCAGACACAGACCUACCAAGUGUGAUGACUUGUGCAAAUUAUCUUAAGCUACCUCCGUACUCAUCAAAAGAAAGGAUGAAAGAGAAGCUCUUGUAUGCCAUAACGGAGGGUCAAGGAUCUUUCCACCUUUCAUAACUUCACUCUCUUGACUGGAUCCGUAUUUUGAAUCAUGAAGAUGUAAUUAUUAGGGUAAGUGAUAGUAAUGUAAAUAAGGUUGUUAACGAGUUGCUGGCAGUGGUGCUCACAACGAGCUACUUGGGGAUGGAGCUACUGUCUUCACUGACUAAAUUGUUGGGGGUGUGUACAUAGCAGCAUGCUGAUAGUUUAGUUGAUUGACUAGUGUCAGCUGUACAGAAACGGAGGGCACUUUCCAGGGUCAUGCUUUGAUAUUUGAUGUACAGUAUUUUAUGUACAGGAACUUUUAUCAUUAAUAUUUAUUAGUCGUUGACGUGCAAUUAU